CUCAGGCUGCCCAAGUAGAGAGAAAAGAUGAUGAUGUGGGAGGACGGAUAGUAAAGUUUCUCAGUCUUUGGUAGGUGCUUUGGAAUGUGCACCUCUUUCUCACACGAAUUUUCUAUUUCUGCCUUACCUCUUAGGUAUGUAAUCUCUGUGUAAUAGGGUAUAUGGCAUGUAGGUGCUCACUAAUAAGUAAGUGGGUUGGAAUUUCUGAGUUUGAUUUUUAAGAUUUUGGAUAAACUUCAGGGCAAUGGAAUUGCAAGAGUCAUCUGCCUGGCUUUUGCCCUCCAGAAGUAGUUCUGUAUAUCAGAACCAGUCUUCAGUUAUUCUCCUCAACCCUUUAAUACCAGUACAGUACUUGAGAGCUACCUGGUGAAAGGAAUAGGCCUUGUUACUGAGCUGAAAAAAGCCUCUACUGUAUCAAAAAAUCACAAAAAGGAAAGGUCAGCAUCAAAGCUAGCCACAUAGAUUUGCAGGGAUAAAUUAGUUUCCUCUCUCUUCCUCAGUCUUUCAGGAAGGAGGAGUACAAUGUCUAUUUCUUUCCUACUCAUAACAGCUGUGUUCUCCCCUUGACUAAAGAGAAGCUAUUGAACAUGAACCUUGGGUUGGAUGCUCAGAUCUGCCUAUUUUCCUAAAAUAGCAAAAUUCCUGCCCAGAAAGAAAGGAUGUUAAAAAAAUGAAAAGUAAUGUUCUGAGCAGGCAAGGUGCCAGUGAAAGCAGCAGACUGGCCUGUAGAGAGUGCUCUGUGCAGCUGCCUGCCUCAGCCGCCUGGGCUUGCAGCAUGGACAUGCCUCUUCUGUACCCCCAGUGACUAAUCCAGGCCUUGUCAACCAUUUCCAUUCUUAUUUACCAGAGACACCUUCGCUUGCCCGUUAUCAAUUCAUAUCUGAAUGUCUGCAGCAUUUCUUGCCGACCUCCCUGACUCUUAGGAUAUGAUUCUCUGUCCCAUAUAAGCUUACUGGCUUUUCAGAAUCUUGAGUGCAGUUCAUUUUGUGUUCACUGCUCCCCAAUAAAGUUAGAAGUUCUGGGAGGACAGGGAUUGAUUCUUAUGCUUCCUUUUUUUUCUUUCUUAAUUCCUUAGAGGGUUUUACAGAGUUCAACACAAACAUUUUGAUUAUAUGUCCAAGAAAGAUUUGAGCAAAGUAAAAUACUACUAACCGGGGAUUUUUGUGCAUCAGAGUUUAGAAAGGAAACCAAAGGUGAUAAAAUGUUUUUCUUUAUACCCACUUCUCCUAGCUCAGUGCCAGGCACAUAGAAGUUAAUAAUUGUGGACUCAAUGAAGUCUUAGCAGAACUUUGAAUUCAUUGAGGGAUCCUAGCACUGUUGGCUGAUGGGAUGGAGAAGUGGGAGCAGUGUGUCAGCAGCACUCCUGCCUACUAUCUCAGAAAGGAGACUAACCCAGCUCUGACCCCAGAGGAACUCCCAGAAGAGCAGAAUUCUUGAGUACCACACUCCUCUCCCUUCCCAAAUCCGAUGCUCCACCUGUUCCCAAUUUUAGUUACUGGUACCACUGUCCUACCAGCCAACAAGGCACCAAAGCUUCAAGUUACUUGACACUUCCCCACCACAUCCAGUUACUGAUUGUGUAAUCUCUGCUGUCUCCCUUGUUCCUGCCAUCUGUACCCGGGUUUAAGCAUCAUCCAUCACCUUUAAACCAAGAGGAUUGCAGUUGCUCUCCAUCUGAUCUCCCCAGUAAGUUCUGCCUUUUCCAGUCCCUUCUAUCCACAGUGUAAUCGUCCAAAUCGGAGCACAAUUAGUAUAUCUCUUAUUGUCUGACUUGAAAAAUCUUCAUGAUUCUCCAUCUUCAGAUUAAAGUUCACAUUCCUUGAUAAGGCAUUCAAGGACUUGGAGUUAUUUGACCCCAGCCUUUCAUCCCACCCUAAUGCCCACUCUGUCCUCAUGCUCCAGUCCACCCUAUCCUAAGUCAACUACUUGCCCUUCCCUAUAAUUGACCUUUAUGUCCUGCCACUCUUAAAGAGAUUCUCUGACAAGAGUGUAAUGGAUAAGAACAUUGAUUUUAGCCCUAGCCGGUUUGGCUCAGUGGAUAAAGCAUCGGCCUGAGGACUGAGGGUCUCCGGUUUGAUUCCGGUCAAGGGCACAUGCCUGUGUUGCGGGCUAGAUCCCCAAUAGGGGGCGUGCAAUAGGCAGCUGAUCAAUGAUUCUCAUAGAUGUUUCUCCCUCUCCCUCUUUGAAAUCAAUAAUUUUAAUAUAUUUUUUAAAAACAUGAUUUUAGCCCUGGCCUAUUUGGUUCAGUGGAUAGAGUGUCAGCCUGCAGACUGAAGGGUCCUGGGUUCAAUUCCAGUCAAGGGCACAUACCUCGGUUGCAGGCUCGAUCCCCGGAUCACUUUCGGGAGGCAACCAAUCGAUGUGUCUCACAUCAAUAUUUCUCUCUCGCUCCCUCCCUCCCACUCUCUGAAAAUCAAUGGGAAAAAUAUUCUUGGGUGAGGAUUAACCAAGAAAUAAAUAAAAUCCUUUAGAAACAAACAUGAAUUUAAGCACAAACAUAUUUGAAUCCACACAUUGGCCGUGUAAACUUGGGCAAUUUGCCUAAAACUCUGUGCCACAGGUUUGGCAUUUAUGAAAUGGGCAUAAUAGUACCUACUUCAUAGGAGUUGUUAUGAGGAGUAUAUUAUAUAUAUAAAUGAUUUCAGCUAGACAUAAUCACCCUUUCCAAGGCAUGCUUUACUCUUCCUCUGCUGCAGUUGUGUGUUCAUGUCUUAACUCCCUCUUUAAAGAUCCUUGGUCAGGGACCUUUGUAUCCCUUACUACUCAGUGCCUUGAACAGAAUAAAUAUUUAAAAACUUUAGUGAAAUGUGACUUAAUUUGGGGCUACACAGUAUACACCAAUAAUUACAAUACCGCUCAGUUGAGGUCAGUGGGAACGUGGUAGGUAAGUAUAAAACUGAGUUAAGUAUUCAUUCUAAUAGAUGCGUUACAUGCCUACUAUGGUCCUGGGACUGAGAAAUCAGUGAAGAAGUCCUGGACUAAAAUUUAAGGAGCUUCCAAUCUAGUAAAGGGCAGGAUUUUGUGCUUUGUGCUGAGAUGGUGAAUUAGGAGAAGGGAGGAGCCAAAGGGUUUCCAAGAUACGAUGGUUGCCAUUGAUCAGAAAAUAUAGAGCAGAAGGAGGAUGUGGCCAUGUUCCUGUUCCCCUGGCAGAUCUUGAAUUUCCUUCCUGAGAACCUAUUUUUGGGGGGAGACAUGUAGUGUCAAUAAGACUUGGCACUCCUCUUGCCCACAUCCACAGAAAAUGACCCCGCCUUUCUACUCAAAACUAUUCCUUCUCUUCCCACAUGUUUGCAUCUUCCAUGCUCAGUGCACACUCCAUUCAGUCUGUCUUUCAGUAACACCUAUUACAAGUUGGGCUCUCGGCUAGGCCCCAGACUACAGUAAAGAACCUUGCUCUCCAGGGAUUCAUGGACACGAUCCAGUGAACAGGCCAUGAUAUACUGUGUUAAUUCCAGGGUGCCAGCCUGAAGAGUUGGAGGCGGCUUCCUGUUGGCAGUGACCCCACUAGAAUCGGUUCUUGAUGAUUGGACAAGAGCUCUGUCACCAGAAAGAGUGAGGGGGCCUGCUUUCUACUGAACAGCUGGUGAAUAAUCACAAAGCCUCUGAGCCAGAAUACCCUGAUCUGACUCCACUUUAUCCCCAUCUCCCUCUCCCUUCAACCAAGACCCAUUCACCAUCCCUUCCCCAGCCCUGGCUGCACUGCUUGGCCACAUUAAGACUUGGCCUGAGAUGGAGGAAGGGUGAGGAAGCUGCUGCACCAAUGUGACUGACAGAAGCUGCCCGAAGCCCUGAAAGGAAGUGGAUAGGUGCCGUAUCCAAGAGGGUACAGCAGCCCAGGUCUUAUCAGGAGGCAGCAGCUUCCUUACUCCUUCCCCCACCGCUAACCAAGUCAUUAUGUGCCACAGCAGUGCAGGCAGCCAUGUGGGAGGAAGAGGGGCCACAGAACUGGGGGCUAGAGUGGAGGUGUACAGACCAGCUAGUUCAUGGUUUUACUAUCCCAACCAGAAAGCCAUGAUGACUUAGACUUGCAUGGUGGUAGUAGAAAUGGCGUGAAGAUUCAAGAGACAUAGUUGAGAGGCAGAACCAACAAGACUUGGUGAUAAACUACUCUCAGGAAAAGGGAGGAGUCAUGGCUUUCAGCCAUCAGCAUCCACCCCCAGGGUGGCCUCACCCCCUUCCCUUCCUGGCAAUCCUAGAAACCAAAUGGGUCCAGGGCCAACAGCCCUGUUUUCUGCCUACUGUUCAGUAAGUGGCUUCAGGUUUGAUAAGAAAAGACUUCCUGUGGUGGAACUGAAAGGAAGAGGAAGGAGUUAGUCCAUUCCUUCCAAGAAGGUUGUGGGAGAAGGAACAUGGCCAGAGCUUUGUGUCCACUUCAUGCCCUCUGGCUUCUGGAGUGGGUGCAGAUGCUCUUGGGGCCCGGUGCUGCCCCUCCAGCCUGGGCCUUGAACCUGGACCCAGUGCGGCUCACCUUCUACACAGGCCCCAAUGGCAGCCACUUUGGGUUUUCAUUGGACUUCUACAAGGACAGCCAUGGGAGCGUGGCCAUCGUGGUGGGCGCCCCGCGGAUCCGAGGCCGCAGUCAAGAGGAGACUGGCGGCGUGUUCCUGUGCCCCUGGAGGGCCGAGGGCGGCCAGUGCUCGUCUCUGUCCUUCGACCUUAAUGAUGAGACCCGAACAGUAGGCUCCCAGACCUUCCAAACCUUCAAGGCCGGGCAAGGACUAGGGGCGUCGGUUGUCAGCUGGAGCGACAACAUUGUGGCCUGCGCCCCCUGGCAGCACUGGAACGUCGUAGAUAAGACGGAGGAGGCGGAGAAGACGCCCGUGGGGGGCUGCUUCCUGGCCCAGCUGCAGAACGCGGGGCGCGCGGAGUUCUCGCCCUGUCGCGGCAACACCAUGAGCCGCGUGCACAAGCAGCAGGAAUUCUGGGAAGACAAGCGCUACUGCGAAGCGGGCUUCAGCGCCGCUGUCACUCAGGCUGGAGAGCUGGUGCUCGGGGCCCCUGGCGGCUUCUUUUUCUUAGGGCUCCUGGCGCGGGCUCCGAUCGCAGACAUCUUCAGGAACUACCACCCGGGCACCCUCUUGUGGCACGUGGGCACCCAGCGCCUCACCUUCGACUCCAACAAACCAGAGUACUUCGACGGCUACCGGGGGUACUCGGUGGCCGUCGGCGAGUUCGACGGGAACCCCAACACAACAGAAUAUGUCUUCGGUGCCCCCACCUGGAGCUGGACCCUGGGAGCCGUGGAAAUCUUGCUCUCCAACUACCGGACGCUGCACCGGGUGCACGGAGAGCAGGUGGCUUCGUAUUUCGGGCACUCGGUGGCCGUCACCGACGUCAACGGGGACGGGAGGCACGACCUGCUGGUGGGCGCGCCCCUGUACAUGGACAGCCGCGCUGACCGCAAGCUGGCCGAGGUGGGGCGCGUGUACUUGUUCCUGCAGCCUCGGGGUUCCCACGCGCUGGGCACCCCCAGCCUCCUCCUGACUGGCACCCAGCUCUAUGGGCGAUUUGGCUCAGCCAUCGCGCCUCUGGGCGACCUCAACCGGGACAACUACAACGAUGUUGCAGUGGCCGCCCCCUACGGGGGCCCCAGCGGUCGGGGCCAAGUGCAGGUGUUCCUGGGCCAGAGUGAGGGGCUCAGCUCCCGCCCCUCCCAGGUCCUGGACAGCCCCUUCUCCACGGGCUCUGGCUUCGGCUUCUCCCUGCGAGGUGCCACAGACAUCGAUGACAAUGGAUACCCAGACCUAUUGGUGGGAGCAUACGGGGCUGACAAGGUGGCUGUGUACAGAGCUCAGCCGGUGGUGACGGCCACUGUCCAGCUGCUGGUAGAAGGUUCGCUGAAUCCUGCCGUGAAGAAAUGUGACCUGCCCAAGACAGAGAUGCAAGUGAGCUGCUUUAACAUCCAGGUGUGUGUAGGAGCCACUGGACACAAUGUUCCUCAGAAGCUGGGCCUAAAUGCUGAGCUGCAGCUGGACCGGCAGAAGCCCCGCCAGGGCCGGAGGGUCCUCCUGCUGAACUCGCAACAGGCGAGCACCACCCUGCACCUGGACCUGGGGGGGAGGCACAGCCCCAUCUGCCACACCACCACGGCCUUCCUCCGGGACGAGGCCGACUUCCGGGACAAGCUGAGCCCCAUUGUGCUCAGCGUCAAUGUGUCCCUGCAGCCCGAGAAGGAUGGACUGGCGCCCGCUCUUGUGCUGCAGGGAGACACCCACGUCCAGGAGCAGACCCGCAUCAUCCUGGACUGCGGGGAAGAUGACCUGUGUGUGCCCCAGCUUCAGCUCACCGCCAGCGUGACGACGGGUGCCCCGCUCCUAAUUGGAGCCGAUAACGUGUUGGAGCUAAAGAUAGAUGCAGCCAAUGACGGGGAGGGGGCCUAUGAGGCUGAGCUGGCCGUGCACCUGCCCCAAGGUGCCCACUACAUGCGGGCCGUCAGCAACGUCCAGGGCUUUGAGAGGCUGGUCUGUAACCAGAAGAAGGAGAACGAGACCAAGGUGGUGCUGUGUGAGCUGGGCAACCCCAUGAAGAGGAAUGUCCGGGCAGGAAUCACCAUGUUGGUGAGUGUGGAGAACCUGGAAGAGGCUGGGGAGCAAGUGUCCUUCCGGCUGCAGAUCAGGAGCAAGAACAGCCAGAAUCCAAACAGUGAGGAGGUGGUGCUGGAUGUGCCAGUCCGUGCGGGGGCCCACGUGGAGCUUCGAGGGAGCUCCUUUCCAGCCUUCCUGGUGGUGGCGGCGGAAGACGGCAACAGGGAGAACGUCUCAGACACCUGGGGCCCCAAAGUGGAGCACACCUAUGAGCUCCACAACAACGGCCCUAGCACUGUCAGCGGCCUCCACCUCAGCAUCCACCUCCCUGGCCAGUCCCAGUCCUCUGACCUGCUCUAUAUCCUGGAUAUACAGCUUCAGGGGGGGCUUCAGUGCUCCCCACAGCCCUCCCCCAACCCCCUCAAGCUGGACUUGGGGGUGCCCACCCCAAUUCCUUCCCCCGCUUCCCGGGGCCACCACAAGCGGGAUCGCAGGCAGGCGUUCCUGUCAGGGUCCAAGCAGCCAUCGAGGCUUCAGGAUCCAGUUCUUGUGAGCUGCGACUCGGCGCCCUGUACUGUGGUGCAGUGUGAGCUGCAGGAGAUGGAGCGCGGGCAGCGGGCCAUGGUCACGGUGCACGCCUUGCUGUGGCUGCCCAGCCUCCGCCAGAGGCCCCUGGAUCAAUUUGUGCUGCAGUCGCAGGCUUGGUUCAAUGUCUCCUCCCUUCCCUACACCGUGCCCGCCCUCAGCCUGCCCAGUGGAGAAGCUCUGGUCCAGACGCAGCUGCUUCGGGCCUUGGAGGAGCGGGACGUCCCCAUCUGGUGGGUGCUGGUGGGCGUGCUGAGUGGCCUGCUGUUGCUCACACUCCUGGUCCUGGCCAUGUGGAAGGUUGGCUUCUUCAAGCGGAAUCGGCCUCCCCUGGAGGAAGAUGAUGAAGAGGAGGAGUGACGGUGCAGCCCAGGCUCUGUCCUGCAGGAAGGCUGGGCGUGAUCCCCGCUCUGCCCCUUCUUCUCCGAGUGCCCCCCAACUCUGCUCACCCACAGGUUGGAGCUGUUCCAUGGAGGCCUCCUGAUGUCUUCCCCCUCCCAUCAGAGCUGGGCCACCCCCUUUCUUGCUGCCAGAUAAAGAGGCUGAGCCCCAA